CUGAUUAUAAUCUCUUUGGGCUGAAUAUUAUCCAGUUUUGUGAACAUUAUUUAAUUUUUUCUCAAACAAAAUGUCUGGAUCGACGAAAAUUAAGGACAAUAAGCCUGAGCCUGUGGCCUACAGCGAAGCGGCUUUAAGAAACAACGCCGCAGUUGUUGAAUAUUGCCGUACUUCCAUGGCAGCUCUUUCAGGGUCCACUGCAGGUGUUCUUGGAUUAACAGGCCUCUAUGGGUUCGCUUUCUAUGUGUUCUCUGUUGUAAUACUGUGGGUCAUGUUUAUGAUAAGAGCUGGACCCAACUGGAGCAAGUACUAUGUUUCCCGACAAAGUCUUCUGACCAAUGGUUUCUUUGGAGCACUAUUCACAUAUGUACUAUUCUGGACUUUUAUAUAUGGAAUGGUUCAUGUGUAUUAGGUAGUAAAUUAUUUAUAUAUAUUAUAGUAGAUAAGACUUAAAGUCUGUGUUGACUGGGUACAAUUUAGACAAAGACAAAUGUCUAAUUAGACAGGAGACAAGGACGAGAGACUAAUUAGUCACUGGUGAAUUUAAAAUAGCUGGGUCUGCAUGACAUCCGCACCGCGCGCUGUUCGAAUUAUAUCGAGCGCUUGAACCACUAAACAAUAUGAAUCCUAUCUAUGUAGAUGGACGUCAAAUGGCUAUUGAUCGAAGUGCUCAAGCGCGGUUGUCAUACAGACCCGGCAGCUACUGACAAAUAGGUGGUUGCUAUUUGUGGGCUAUUUAUUUACUAUUUUCCUUUUUUCAACACUUUCAAGGAUAGAAUGCUUACAAGCAGUGUUCCAAUUCCAAAUGUUGUACUAAUUAUGAAUGAAAGGUCAAUGACCUGUGGUCUGUUUUCAUGAAAAUGUUAAGUUUACUAAGUGUAUGUGGGUUAGGUAUACUAUUAUUGUAUAUUUUUUUGGGUUUUUGACCCAGUAGACCAAAUUGGCAGGUAUUAUUUAAAAGAGUUUUUACACAUGCCAUUCCCAACUUAAAAAAAUCUUUUAUUCAAUGAGCAUUUUCAACAUAUUCUUUCUUUCUUUAAAUUCUUUAAAAAAUAUUAAAAAUAUUUUGUUUAAAAAGAAAAUAAUAUAUUAUGGGUUUGUUUAUAAUCAAUUUAAUUAAAAACACCUUAAUGUUAUUUUAAUAUCCUAGAUUAUCCGUUAAUUACCUCUGUAAGUAUGCAUUGUUAUAAUUUAACUGAAUUAAAGGAAGUAAAUUAUGAAAAA